AUGGCGUCCAGGUCCGGCGAGCUGCGCAUGACGCUGCUAGGCGUGACCCUGCUGGGGCUUCUGUUGCUGAGUCAGCACGCGGCGGCCGCCGAAACCACCGGAGCCCCCGCCACCGGCAAGAAGACCAACAGCUUCAGCUUCAAUAGCGCCGGCGGCCGCACGCUCACCAGCUUCAGCAUGAACGCCGCCGACCCCGAGAAGAAGCAAGGUGGCAAGGGCGUCUGAUGGGCGCGCCCCCUGGCCGCCGGCCACAUGCCUUGCCUCGCCUUCGCCUCGCCGCGUACUACUACUUCUACAUGCGACUGUGGGAUCGCGCCAACCGGAGCUCCACCGGCGUAGCUGCCGUGUUGUCGUAGUCGGUCUCGUGUUUCUCUUUUCUUUACCUGUUCUUGUGUUGGAUUCGAUUUUUUUUGUUAACUUUUGACUAAUCUUGGCUUCAGAUGCAUGUACGCAUGCGCCGGCACCAAUUGUUGUUCUUGUGUGUAAUUCUUGGGUCAAAUAACGAUCUGUAGUAAUUAAGGGUCGUUUGGUUUGUGCGUGUUCUACCGUGUAUGAAAAAUUGCUGCUGGAAUUAGUACCUCGUGAUCGGCUGCUCUGUUUCAGUCUCUUCUUGUUUAUUAGUUCU